AUGAACAUGAAAUUCAAUUUGGGUGCUGUAAUUGAGAUGGCAAAUCCAGCAUUGUUCAUCAAGCUGGAAAUGCUGACAAUGACAUCUGUCUUGGUGGUGUUAAUAUUUUCAUAUUCUUCUAUUAAGUCUGUUCACCAUGCAUUUUCAGUUUUACCAUUUCUCCGGUGCGAAAAGCUAGCUGAAAUCAGGAUACGUGCUAAUGUUUAUGAUUGUUUCAGGAAAAUUUCAAAGUCAAACCCAAUAAGCCUGUGUAGCCAUCAACUAAACUUCCUGGCCAUGUCAUGCCAGGCCCAGCUGAAGUAUGGGUUCUAUAGAGGCAAGUGUGGUUUCAACGACGUUGAGAUCAUUAUCCGCCGCAUUGUUGCCGCCGGCUUUGCUAAAGAUCCCACCAUCACCCCUGCUCUCAUCCGCAUGCAGUUCCAUGACUGUUUUGUUCAUGGAUGUGAUGCAUCACUGUUACUCGAUGGGGAUUCAUCGGAGAAGAUGGCAAUACCGAAUUUAACAGUGAGGGGUUAUGAUCUCAUUGAUGAAGUGAAGGCUGCACUGGAGAAGGCUUGCCCUGGUGUUGUUUCAUGUGCUGAUAUCAUUGUUGCUGCAACAAGAGAUGCCAUUGCACUGGCUGGGGGAUGGCCAUAUGCAGUUCAAAUGGGAAGGAGAGAUGGAAGAGUGUCAUUGGCUAGCAAUGUAGAUCUUCCUUCUCCUUUCUUCUCUGUAGCUCAGUCCAUUGCUGCUUUUCAGAAGAAGAACCUCACCACCACUGACAUGGUUAUUCUCCUUGGAGGCCACACCGUGGGAAUUGCACAUUGUGCAAACUUCGUCAACCGUCUUUAUAACUUCAAUGGUACUAAUGAUGCUGAUAAAACCAUGGAUCCUAAUCUUGUCACAAAACUAAGAACUAUUUGUCCUCAGAAUGUGAUUGUGAAUAAUUUCACUAGUUUGGAUCAAAAUAAGUAUAGUUCCAACAUCAUCGAUAAUAGUUUUUACAAACAGAUCAUCGCGAAGAAAGGCAUUCUUCAGAUCGAUCAGAGUCUUGCACUAGACUCCGCGACGAAAAAUAUGGUUACUUAUUUAGCCAAUGGUUUCAAUUUCCCUUUCUUGUUCAACAAUGCCAUGGUUAAAAUGGGUGCCAUUGAAGUUCUCACUGGUACACAAGGAGAUAUCCGUAAAUCUUGCAGAGCUAUUAAUCUUCCAUGA